AUGUCGAUCAUUCGCAGGGGCAGCGUCUUCGACCCAUUCCCUCUUGAUGUGUGGGAUCCAUUUGGUAGCAGCUUCUCCGGUUUCUUCAACCAUGCCCUGUCUGUGCCUCGCUCCAACUUCGUUAGUGACACUGCCCCCUUUGCCAACACUCGCAUCGACUGGAAGGAGACGCCCGAGGCACACGACUUCAAGGCUGACCUCCCGGGAUUUAAGAAGGAGGAGGUGAAAGUGGAAGAAGUGAGGGUCCUGCAGAUCAGCGGAGAGCGGAGCAAGGAGCUAGAGGAGAAGAAUGAUAAGUGGCACUUUGUGGAGUGGAGCAGCGGCAAGUUCCUCAGGAGGUUCAGGGUGCCCGAAAAUGCAAAGGUUGAUCAGGUGAAGGCGACCAUGGAGAAUGGGGUGCUCACCAUGACAGUGCCCAUGGAAGAGGUUAAGAAGCCUGAGAUCAAAUCCAUUAACAUCUCUGGCUGA